UCUUAAAUAUUUUUUGAGUAACUAAGUCUAAAAUGAGUAGUAGUAUGUAUUCAAAGAUAGAACUCAUACAAAUUAAUUGUGUACACUAAUAUUAUCAACAUAGUCACGAGCAUCCAUCUGCUGCUCAGUAACAACGUUCAUAUCCUGUCAAGCUCAGCUGAUGGUGUGUACACAAGACGCCCCUGUGGUAGACCAGGAUGGUGGACCAGACGGUGGAGAAGAGAGUGGGUGUAUCCAGGCAGUUGGAGAGGGAAAUGAGCCAAUUGGGAAAUCUACGUGAGGUUUUGUCACGAUCGAGUCAGGUAGCAACCAAUGUGAGCAGCAUCUUGGAUUCUUUUGAGCACCGCUUGGCUCGCCUGGAGACAACCAUCCUGCCUUUGUAUCAGCAAACUGGCAAUUUACAGCGGCGACAAUUAAAUACGGAGAAGACAUUGCAGGAGUUAGACUAUGUAAUUAGUUUCUACAACGUGGCCGGCCAAGUUGAAGCUGUGGUUAAGGAACGACCGAGUGGCAUUGGGGUCCCAAAGUACUUAGAAGCAAUGGACCGCUUAGCUGAGACCUGCAAGUACUUUGAGCAGAAUAACCCUCAGAGUGUUGAAAUUGAGAAUGUGACUUCACUUUUUGAAAUUGGAACAGAGGCUGUUAGCAAAGAGUUUAGGGAUGAACUUAAAAAAUACCAGAAGCCAGUACCUCCAGUGGUGACUUUGGAACUACUUGAAGACGAAGAAGUAAGUGAGGAUACCAUCAGUGGAGUGGAACUGGUGCCUCCUGGUGUGAGGGAAGAUCUCCGUGCCAUUGCCUCUUGGCUCGACAAACACAGCAACACGGAUCGACUCACAGUUUAUGCAAAGUUACGAUCUGAUGCCUUGUCACAAAGUCUAAAGGCUGUACGAGACUAUCAACGGAGCAGCAGUAUUGAACGUGGUGGAACACCAGGUUCACUUAAUUCCCCAGGGCCCCUUCGUGCCAGAGUAGCAAAAAUGGAUAGCACUUCAAAGAGUCGGACGCAGAAGAUAUCUAACAAGCUGAGAGCAAACCGGAUGUUGCAGAAAGCAAUUACUGGACAUGUGUCAUCUCGCAGACAAGGUUCUCCUGGACAUACUUCGUACUCCCUGCAUGGCACCCUCACCCCUCCGCAUGCAACAACACCUGGAACAGUUGGUGAAGAAGGCCUUGAAGAUAGUGAUGUUGAACUCUAUUUGAACCAGGUUACUGCACUCCAUCGACUAGCCUUUGCAGAAUUCCUUCUGGCCCAACAACUAGUUCCAGAGGACAGGGUCACACGUACAUUUGAGCUUAUUCUCAGAGACCCAAUGGAUCAAUUGGUUGCUGAAGGAGAAAGUUUGGCUGGCCUAGCACGAAGGAGUGUCAGCAGAGGAGAUCAUCAAGCAGUGCUUUCAGUUUUAGCAAUGCUUCGUCACGUCACUAGCAUGCAGCCUGAGUAUGAUCGCCUGCUGACAAACUGCCAGACAUCAAUACGUUCAAAAUUUGCUGCUAUUAUAAACAUGUUACAAGAAACUUGUGUCAAAGCCCUAGAGGGCUUUGUAGAGAGUGUAAAAAGUGAUGGAGAGAGAGCCUUACCAAAAGAUGGGACAGUCCAUGAGGUUACAAGCAAUGCUCUCAUCUUCACUGAACAGCUCCUGGAAUAUGCCAUCACGUUAUCACCAAUGCUGCAGCGUGACCUAAGCCUAAGUGCAUCAUUAUCUAAUUUACCUCGAGGUUUAGAUCAAUCUCUUACAGCAAAAGCACUUUUGGGAGCUUACAUUAAAAGAGUGCUGGUAAACUUGGGCUUGGCUUUGGUAAGUCGUAGUGAGUCCUACAGUGAUGGUACCCUGAAGGCAGUGUUCCGUCUCAACAAUUAUAACUACAUACUCAAAACCCUUCACAGCUCCGAGCUACUGAAUCUGGUUGCGCUGGUUGAACCACAGUGUGACAAGAUGUACAAUGAUCAAAUAAUGGAGCAAAAAAGAUUAUAUUCUCAGAGUUGGAGUCGUGUUCUGCAUUACUUAGUCAAUCAUGAGGAUGUUCCGCUCUCAGUCAUUCAAGCUGGCAAAUUACGUGACAAAGAUCGACAGCUCAUCAAAGAUAAAUUUGCAGGCUUCAACAAAGAAAUGGAGGAGAUGUCAAAAGUUCAGCGUAGUUAUUCCAUCCCUGACCGAGAACUACGAGAGAGCCUGAAGAGGGACAACAUGGAAUACAUACUACCAAAGUACCAAGCAUUUUAUGACAAGUAUGUCAAUGUUGCCUUUACAAAGAACACUGAGAAGUACAUUAAGUACUCUCCAGCAGCUGUUUCAAGCAUGGUGGAUAAGUUCUUUGAUGUUGCUGCUUAAACUGAAAACACCUCUUCAACCUAUUGAUCUUAUGCCUGUGAUUGUGUAAUAAUGUAUACCAUAAUAUAAUGGAUUGGUUAUGUUAUGCGAGGAAAUAAUGGUACAUUUUGUAAAUAUCAAGACACUGCAAACAACCUAUUACCUUUUUAUGUUAUAAUUUAGCACUGUAUGGUUAUGUCCUGGUGGCUGAGAAGGUUUAACUUAUCUUACAGCUUUAUGUAACAUCUGCCCAUCAUUGUACGCACCAUAGACUGGGGUAACUUACUAACCUUUGUCUCUCUGGGUGGGGAUACAAAUGAUUAUCCCGUCACUUAAGUUCCACCAAUGUUUGACUUCCUUUGCUUUCUUUACGACACAGAGAGUUGAUUGGUUACUUGUUCGUAAAUGAAGUAAAACACCCAUCAAUAAACUCA